CAUUAACUGCGUAAUGCGGUGCAUAGACUUCUUUCGAGUCGAGCAAUAUGUCAAGUAAGUCUUGCUCCCUCCCACCUAUUAACGUGCUGGAAGUAUACCCAUUUGCUGAGGAAACUGACUAACGGAAUUUCGUGUCUACCCGGUACCCAGCAAGGUAGAAAGGUUCAUAAGACCUACACUACAGUGUUUGCUAGGUCGUACGUGUCGUGACAGAGAUGUUCGUGGAAAUACUGAUGUUUCUAUGAGCGUGGGCUUUAAUUCGCACGUUAAUUUUCGUCACAUUGAAAAUGGAGAUCAAAUCGAUGUAAGAUGAAUUCACACAAAGGUGCUGGGAUGAAAAGCGGUGACCGCGACAGCAGUUCUCGCGCAUGCUGAAACAGUAUCACUAUCGCUGUAGAAUCCUGUGCGAUGCACCAGACAUGUCGACAGUGCAUACGCCACGGUACUGUACCUUUUGCAACUUGUGCAAGGCAAUGACCACGAUGGCCUACGGGAGCCUGCAUACAGCAUAGUACACGUACUUGCAGGUGAUGAGUAACCAUCUAACACAGCUAAAGUGAAAUGGCUAUUUUUGGUCCUGUUCUGUUCUCCACUCUAACAUUUGGGUUGCUCCUCUCCCAAGCCUCGGGCUACAUUUGUGUCUACAGGAAUGAGAAAUUGAGUCCUGUUGAAGGAAUUGAGGUCGAUGAGGUCAGUGGCAUUGUGCUGCCAGACAACAAGAGCAUCUUGUGCAAUGGCAGGCUUGACUCGUGCUUCUCCUUGUGGUAUACCAGACCUAGCAACGGUGAGAUCGUUGUAACCAAACAAGGCUGCUGGAGGUUUGAAUCAACGGAGCAUGACUGUAAGGAGGAUGAGUGUAAUUCGUCCAUGCCACCCAUUGACUCCAUUCAACGAGCCCAUAAUGUCAGCAGCCAGUUCUGCUGCUGUAAGGGAGACUUCUGUAAUGCCAACGUGAGCAGCAGCUACGUACCCGUCCCGCACACGAAGCCCAUGCCCAUCAGACCGGACGGCAUAGUAACAUCACCACCCCAAAACAGUGAAAGCUGGACGACCAUCAUAGUGGUCAUGGUCUGCAUUUUCUGUCUCUGCGUUGCUGUUCCUGUGGUCUUCUUGGCCUGCCGGAUCUACCGUGCCCGCACCCUGAAGGCCCGGAUGGACCACCUGGGCAUGCUGGAGGCCGCCCCACCCGAGCCCAGCGUUGACCUGGACCAGGUGAAGGUCCUGAACCUCAUCGGGCAGGGCCGGUACUGCAACUGUUACCGAGGCAUGCUGGAGGAGCAUGAGGUGGCCGUCAAGAUCUUUGCGGGCGCCUCACGCCAGUGCUACCUGAACGAGGUGGAGAUUUACAGCCUGGCCCACAUCGAGCACCCCAACAUCCUUAAGUUUGUGGGGAGCUGCGAGCGGAUGGGGCAGGACAAUUGGCCGGAGUACCUACUUGUGGUGGAGUACAUGACCCAUGGCUCGCUGAUGAACUACCUGAAGGAGAACACCUAUGACUGGCUGGCCAUGUGUCGCCUGAGUCAGACGGCAGCUGCCGGCUUGGCUCACCUUCAUCAGUCUCUGGAUAAAGGAGGCUCCUCCCGGCCGGCGAUUGUCCACAGGGACAUUAACAGCAGGAACAUUCUGGUCAAGUCAGACCUGACCUGCGUCAUUGGCGACUUUGGCUUCGCUAUGAAAGUGUUUGGCUCGUCCGUGGUGCGAGAUGGAGAUGAGGACAACAGCACCAUCACUGAUGUCGGCACAGUGCGCUACAUGUCCCCAGAGGUCCUCGAUGGUGCCGUAAACCUACGUGACUGUGAGUCAGCCCUGAAGCAGGUGGACAUCUAUGCCCUGGGUCUGGUCCUGUGGGAGAUUGGGACAAGAUGCAGCGAUCUGUAUCCAGGUGGCAACGUACCACCUUACAAACUUCCAUUUGCCGAUGAGCUUUGCCAACAUCCAACAUUUGAGGAUAUGCAGGUUCAUGUGUCCAGAGGGAGGAAACGGCCUGCUUUCCCUGAUGCUUGGAAGGAGAACAACCAGGCUCUACGGUCCUUGAAAGAGACCAUCGAAGAUUGUUGGGAUCAUGACUCUGAGGCUCGGCUGACUGCGCUCUGUGUGGAGGAACGCAUCAUCGAGCUGAUGGUGCUUUGGAAUAAACAUCGCACAGUCAGCCCCACCAUUAACGCCACCUCUGAGGGCACCACUGUGGCCACCCUGACCCAGACACGCGUCCAACCAGACUACAGUCCGGGGAUGACCACCACCACGGUGGACUCCGCUGCUGCUGCCUCCCACCACGGUCAGUCCCAGCCCCAACAUACUCUCCCCCAAUGUGAUCCGGCCACCACACUGGAGGGGUCGGAGGGCUUCUUUGGGUCACGCUGUGCUCCAACAGGCUCUGUAGUUGAGAAGAACGAGCGCCAGAGGCUUCUGUCGCCAGACACCAUCAGCACCAGCCUCUCUGCUCAGUCGGAUCUCAACUUGAUCGACCUGUCAUCCAUAGCACCCAGUGUGGACCCCAAAAACUUGCACUAUUCAGAUGAGAACAUUGAGAGGUACACAUCCGAUCUGAAGUACAGUCGGCCGUACAGCACGCCCACUGAGAGCUCUGAGGGGUAUGGGUACAGUGAGCCCAACACCUCCCCAAGCAAGCCCCUUGUUAUGCAUGAGAUGAGGCCUAGCCUUGCUGGGGACCAGAUGACUGAUAAUCUGGGAGUGUGGAGCCGGCGGCACAAUCUCCACCGGCCCACCAGCUUGCCAGUCUGGGGUCAGAUGACUGUCAACGAGGCCAGGGCACGCUCUCAUCCUGGUCACAGCCUGACCGAAUUGGGAGGCGAGCAGCGACCAGCCAAGCCCAACGUCAAUAAGCAGUGGCAGCAAGCCCUGGUGGAGCAAGCUCCUGUCAUGAGUCCCAAGCAGAAUCUCUCUCCAAGGGAAGGUGAUGCAUUGAUAUCCGACAACUUGUCCUCCAGCAACGGAUCUUGCAGCAGUCUCCAUUCCACACUGUCCGAGGGGUCAGCCAACAGCUGCGAGUCAGACCACAGCCGCCGCCCAAACACCCUUCCUCUUCCCUCCAACAGCCACGGCUCCAAGAAGAAGCUGGUGGCUGUGUACAUCCCUGAUUCAGGCCCCACAACUAAGGUCCAAACGGGCAUCGCCAAAAUGGACAGUGUCAACACCCAGUGCCACCCGGUCAAAGUGGCAACUAACGCCACACACUGCAAGAGCAAACCUGGGGAAAGCAGGGCCACCUCCAGGGCCCGGGUGCAGCCCUCUGAUGCUAACCCAUCCAACACCAGACCCUUGUCCUGGUCAGUGGGCGACAAAUCAAACGAGGAGUCAGACUCAGGCAGUCUCCUAAAUGGAAACUCCAAAUCGAAAGACUGCGAAUUGUCCACUGAUUCCAAGAAGAGCAAGAGGAAGGUCACACCUUACAGGAUACCGGGCACCAAAAAACUUUCGGUCUACAACGGCCAGAACCGUGGCAGCGUGUCUUCUGAAGAAGCAAGCUCCCCAGAAUCCGGCCAUACCAGUGACUCGUCAGAGAGCAGUGCCAACAACAACUCAGGUGACCAGUGCAACGGCAUUCGCUUGUUAACACAGAAUGGCCAUGCCUUGCAGCCCGGCGGUAAGCCGGUCACCAAUGGUGUGACAUCCAGGCAUUUGGUUCCUGCUGCAGAUAGUACCUUCCAGCUGGGCGGAGACAGCACACAGUAUGUGGGGUCAGGCAAGACUGGAGUAGAGAAUGGCCCGAGGGCCAACUACCAAGUGUCUUGUGUAUAAAUCAAGGCACGGAGUGUGAUAUCAGCAUUAACCAGGGAGAUAUUUGACUUUGAGUCUUAACCCUGAGUUUUUCAUCUAAAUUUUGUCAAUCCAUUGCAAGUAGUAACAAGUUGCCUGUUCAGAAUCAAUUCUCAAAAUCGUCAAAGUCUGACCUGUUUCCCCGGUACAUGAAAGUACACAUUCUAUUACUAGAUAAUGAGAACAUUGUUUUUGUUUCGUCAUAAAUCAGUUUUACACCAUAUGUCAGCAGCUGACA